AUGGCCACCAAGGAAACCGUCGACCUCGGCCCGCCCCACCCGCCGAAGGAGGAGUCCGUCAAGGCCUUCAAGGAGGUCGAGCACGAGCUCAAGAAGCAGCUCGUGCACCUGCGCCACACCCACGACAAGCACGAGCCCGAGUACUUCGCCGCGGUGCGCCACCUCUCGGACCACGAGCUCGCCGGCUUCACCGCCGACGACUUCGUCGAGGUGCGCGCCGCCGUCAGCGCCUACGGCGUCAUCCUCUUCGGCCGCCUGCGCGUGCCCGCCAUGCCCGAGGACGGCCCCGCCUACGUCCACUUCCGCAUCUUCUCCACGGGGCCCGACGACGAGGCCAAGUUCCACAGCUUCCACACCGAGGAGAAGGAGGACGCCGACGGCGGCGGCAAGUCCUUCCGCGCCAUCUUCACCAAGAACGACCCGCUCGAGUGGUUCGAUGCUUGA